GCAUGCUUAAAUGUUAACAUGUGAUCCUAUACUAUUUCAAUUCUCUUUUUUUGGUAUCAGAGCAAAGCAUGGUUGACAUUUGAGCUGCAAUUUUGGGUUAAUUUUUUGAUUUCUCGUUUUCUGGUUAUGGAAGCCAUUUUUGGGGGUUUUUUUUUUUCGUUUGGUGUUAAUUCUUGGUUUUCAAGCCCGAUUGAGGUUGGAGACUUGUAGAGAAUAUUGUUUGGAGCAAAACCCAUCAUUUUUUGUGAUUUUUGGAGCUCAUUUGAUGAUAUUUCGAAAAUUAGGGCUUGUUUGGUUCUUGUUAUUAUGUGUUUUUUGUGCAUUUUUUUGGGUUUGGAUUGAAGGAUUGAUGUUUGAGGAUGGAAAUAAGUAUUUUUGUCAAAAAAUGUGCAAAAUUUUGGGUGGAAUUUUUUUUUUGGAAUCAGGCCAUGUUCAGCUGGAGGAGAAGAUGAAUAGGGCCCUGCUGACGUCAUCAUGACGUCAUAAAAAAACAAUUUUUUUUUGUUUUGUUUUGUUUGCCUUGGUAUUCUUAGAUUGAUUAUGCAUAUGUUAGAAUUAUUAUGCAUUUGUUAAAAUUGACUUUAUUGGGACAAUUAUUAUAAUUAUUGUUUUUAUGGUAUAAUUUUUAUUUUAUUCCAAUAAUGUUGUCCAAGGUCAAUUUUGUUAACUAUUUAAAUUUAUUAUGGCAAUAAAUAACACUUGUGUGAUUGCCUAUCACAAUUCCAAGUGUGUCAAGUUGCGCAAAUUAAAUAUUGCAGUUUAUCAUGACAAUAGUGAACAUAUAUGUGGUUGCCUAUCGUGACCCUAUAUGUGUCAAAUUGUCUUUGCUGAGAUAAUUUAACUCCCACAUUUAGUUGCUUUAUUAUUGUGAUUACUAAGAUCCAUACGGGUAUUGUAAUUGUCUUAUCGAUGAUAAUAAUACUUGGUAGGAUGCUUAGAUUGGUGAAGAAAAUUAAUUGUAUAUUAUGAACUGUACUAAUUUUCUUUGCCCUUUCAGUAAUAAAAUCAGUACAUCUUGGUUGUAAUAUUUAAUUAGUUGUCCUUAUCGCCGUGUAGUUUUCAAAAUUCCAAGCUAUUGCUAAAUUGAGAAAUUAUGGAAACUAGCAAAUGCAUGAUAUUGUAAUAACAUGCAUAUUGUUGAAUUUUGCUAUUUUCCAGCUACCAGCAAUCCUGGUAUUUCUCUGCAAUUGUCUGCCAUCAAACCUCUUAUUAGAAAUAAUUUUGAAGAAUGGUUUGAGUCUUUCAACGUGCAUAUGACUCUGCAAAAUCUAGACUUAGCUUUGAGGGUUGAUGAACCAAGUAAGCCCACUGAUGUGAGCUCUACAGAUGAAAGAUUAUUUUAUGAAAGAUGGGAGCACUCCAACAGGAGUUGUUUGAUGGUGAUGAAAUGCAUUAUGAAUAAAUCUAUCAAAGAAUGUGUGCCAAAGACGGAAAAGGCCAAAAACUUCUUGGAAUAUGUGAAAGCCAAUUAUACCAAGAUUGAUAAUGCAGAAAUGGCAACUCAUUUGAAGCUUCUCACAACUACUGUAUAUGAUGGAGUCAGUGGGGUUAGAGAUCAUAUCAUCAAGCUAAAACACUACUUCAACAAGGCAAAUGAGAUGAAAGUGGAGUUGGGUGAAAAUUUUCUGAAAUGGUUGAUACUUGAGUCUCUUCCUGUUUCCUUUGAUGCAGUGAAGUUGACUUACAAUGCCUUGAAGGAAGAGUGGACUCUAGAGGAGUUGAUGUCCAUUGUAGUGCAACAUGAAGUCUCACUGAAGAAAAAUGAGACUCACUCCCUUGCUCUUGUAACUGAUCAAGUCAGUAAUAUGAAGAAAAAACCUCCACACAAGAAUUUUGGAGGCUUUAAGCAGUUCAAGAGGAAAGGGAAUUCAAAUCAAGGAACCUCCAAUGCAUCUGCUUCUUCUAAUGCUGCAAAGAGUGAGAAAGUGCAACUUUUGCCACAAGAUUGGCCACAAGCAGGCUGAUUGCUUCAAAUUUAAAAAUUGGCUAGAGAAGAAAAAAAAAGGAGAUGACAAACAAAAGGAGGCCGUCAAAGCAUGAAGAAUGUGUGUAUAUGGGUGACGGAAGCAAAGUGAAAGUGGAAUUUUUUGGCAUGAUAAAGCUAAAGUUGAUCACAUAAUUUUUUUUGUUGUUACACAAUGUGGCUUUCAUACCCUUACUUCGGAGGAAUCUCAUUUUUGGAUAGACAUGGUUAUUCUUUUCACUUUGGAGGUGGAAAAGUGGAUAUUUUUAGCAACUCAAUCUUAA